AUGGCUAUAGCCAUUUCACAAGCAGUCCUACAACAUCGAGCCUCAAUACCAUUCGGGGUCCCAGGCACGGAUACUGCACUCAAAUUCAAGAAUUACAGGGUAACCGGCAACAUGAUCAGCGGGGCGGCACAGCAACACAAGAAACGCCUUGUUCCAUUACGAAAAACGGAUGCGAUGAGUCAUGCUGAACGACGGAAUUUUUUGAUUCUCGACGACGUUUGGCGUUCUGGAGGCAGCGAAUGUUUUCAGAUAAUCCCACCAGGAGCAAUCGGUCCCGAUGGGGAGCCAAUGUUUCUGCGACUGAAUAUUGGUGGGACACGAUACAUGCUACUUGUGGAUGCACUUCUUCGAGCGGAGCCAUCGGGUUUCCUCUCUAAAUUUGUACAGCUCACACAUCCGGCUCGAUUAAAGGCAUGUCCAGGACUUAAUUUCGUGGCUGACGCAUACGUCGCUGCCGAGGAUGCGUAUUUUUUUCAACGCUCGCCAAUCGCUUUUGAGGCGAUAUUUCAGUAUUACGCAACCGGAGUCGUUCAUCGACCGUCGGAGGUGUGUCCGGCAUCGUUCCUCUCAGAGCUUGACUUUUGGCGUAUCUCCCAUCAACACGUGGGCUCUUGUUGUGCCGACGUCGUACCACAAAAACGAGAAGAGGAAAAAGAAGAGGAAAAGGUCGACGACACGACAUUCGAUAAUUUGAUGUUUGGGAAAGUGCGACGACGGAUGUGGACGUUCCUUGAGCGUCCUGGCUCAUCUAUGCAAGCAAAAGCCUUUGAACUCUCUUCUACCCUAUUUGUUGCCAUUUCUGUAAUGGGUCUCAGUUUUGGCACCAUUCCCGACUUUCAGGUGACGCACUACAUGCCCCCACAUAACGAGACGAUUGUUCUGCCAAACGGGACGGUCACUGUGGUGGAGAAAGUGGAAGAGAUGCGAGUAGAACAUCCUGCAUUUGUAUUCACUGAACGGAUCUGUAUAGCUUUCUUCACCGUCGAGUACUGUUUGCGAUUAUUCGCGGCACCACGGAAAUUGCGUUUUGCCCUCAAACCGCUGAACCUCGUCGAUCUUCUUGCGAUCGUACCCUUCUACCUCGAGCUGUUGCUUACGUUAUGUGGAGUUGACGACAAGAAAUUGCGAGAUUUACGAUGGGCAUUCCUCGUGGUGCGAAUUCUGAGAGUACUGCGAGUGAUCCGAAUUAUCAAACUUGGCCGUUUUUCGUCCGGUUUGCAAACGUUCGGGAUGACAUUACAACGGUCCCAAAAGCAACUGCAAAUGAUGACGAUCGUUCUGUUGACCGGCGUCGUCUUCUUCUCAACGAUGAUCUAUUUCUUGGAGAAAGACGAGGACGGUACUCCGUUUACCAGUAUACCGGCAGCGUACUGGUGGUGUAUAGUGACGAUGACAACCGUUGGUUAUGGUGAUGCUGUUCCGGCCACAACUAUGGGAAAAAUCAUCGCGUCGGCGGCAAUCAUGUGUGGAGUGUUAGUGCUGGCAUUGCCGAUCACCAUCAUUGUGGAUAACUUCAUCAAAGUCGCGCAAGACGAGCAGCAAGCUGAACAAACGAAGCUCGACAGCAGCCAUCAAGAACUCGUUCUUCAAUCCAUGUUACAUGGUGAUGAAGACUGA